ACGGACGUAACUGCAAUAUUUUUGGCUAUUUUUUUGACAAAGUACUUCGACAAGUUGGAGCACAAUCUCAAACGAUCCACUGCACUCUCACAGACACAGCAGCGAACUCUGAACUUGAGUGAAGCCUUGAAAUAACCAAGAUAUCCUGGUUCUUUGUUGAUGGUCCUGGACGCCGCUCGGUCAUUCAUAUAGAAAGCGAACAGCCGUUGCAAAGGGCCACAGUAACUUCACUACCAACCACAUAAAUGAUGAAACGCCUCCAAACUUUGGCUCGGCAGUCUUCUGCCUUCUCGAGGUCAUCAUUUCAAAAAAGUAGCGCAGUGAUCCAUGGCCGACGGUUGACGCUGUUAGCGGUAGAAGAACAGCUCUACUCGCCGCAAAAAGGCAGCGACUUGUAUCUUCCUGGAUCAUUGAUCCAGUUACAAUUGCAAGCUCAAGACUCCACGACAUUUUGGCCUCUAGUUGCUAAAAUCAUCAAACGCCUGGAACCUUUCACUUCCUCGGUCGUUCUUCUAAUUCAACACGUUACCGAUAGCAAACAAUUCAUUUUAAAGCUCAAUGACAGCAGAGAAAGCCAUCGUCACAGCCUCACCAUGGUGAAUGGCGAACUCCCGUGGACUCCAGCUCUUGAAGAGCGUUUACGAACAGCCGUACGAGAUACACAGCUCGGGACAGCAACCAACUGGUUCGAGCUCGUUGAGGAUUUUAGGAACCCUACGCAAUCAGAUCCUAAAGACUGGAAGGACUGGAUGUGGGAGGUAUCGGCAUGGACUUCGAGAGUGGAAAAUCAUCAAAACGAACUGGAGGCGUAUCGUCUGUUGCACAGACUACAAGACACUCUCAUUCCCCGCUUCUACGGUCUCUUUCAUCUUCCUCUUUCAUCUUCCGAGCCUCUUCACCCCAUCACGGACUAUAUUCCCGGCAUCGUCAUUGAGUACAUCCAAGGUGUAAGCAUGGGCUCGCUCCGACCCGGUGUCGAUAUCCCUCGACCAGAGGCAGAAGCGAUUGCUGACCGUGUCAUGGGCGCCUUCCGCACCCUCAAAGCGGAGAAAUGUGUUUUGCACAACGACGUACACAUCGACAAUAUUCUUCUACGCGACCCCGACUGGUCUCCGGUCCUUAUCGACUUUGGAUGGGCCUUGACGAGGAAACCAGGGAUGAGCGACGAAGAGUGGGAGGAUCACAUUUCAGGUUGUCAGGAUACGCGCUUUAUGCGUAGGUCGCUUAUGAGUAAAGAGCAUGGAGUGUGGAGAAGGAAGUCGACGCCGCUGAUGAUGCAUCAUUAUUCUCCGCUGUCAUGGAACGAAUAUGUGGAGAACCAGCCUGAAGAUUAUCGCAGACAGGUGUUCGAGAGGGUUCCGGGUACGAAUUGGGAAGGUGCAAGAGAAGAAGUACUGCAGUGGCGCGUCAGGCCCGGUAUUCAGUACAGAGAUGACUAGGCGAUCAACGGUUGGCAUCCCAUAUGAGGUUUCAACCUGAACAUAGCGUGAUAUUCGGCAGGAUAGCAUUUUGUACCUCAGUGGCCAGAACCUAUGGUACCCGUAUUUUCCCAGUGGACGGAA